UUAGUAAACUGUAAGAAACGGUGCGUUUUAGUGAGGAGUUGAUUGAAUAAAGGUAAAGAAACGCUUUUGGACCAGAAAGUCAGCUUACAAGCCGCGACGCAAUCGCGAAUCAACUCCGGAAUUUGUAAUCCGCCAUUCGUACGCGGCGGUGUAAAGGAAAAGAGAGGUGAGGAGAGGAGGAUGUUGGAAAACCCUACACCCACCGCAGCUGAUGCCGCUCCUGCCAUCAAACGCUAUGCUCCUCCCAAUCAACGAAAUCGUUCUCUCGGACGCCGCAAAUCUGGAGAUCGGUUUGAUUGGACUAACAAUGUUUAUGGGAAUGAUUCAGAGAAGAAUCAAGGUGCCACAUCGAGAAACAUUAAUCCAGUCGCGGAUGCUGGGAGCAGCGCUAUCCUGAAUGAAGACAACCCUCGUCAUGCUUUGAUACCUUUAGAAGGCUGUUCUAGAAGUGAUGCCUCUAGGCUUUUAAGCAAUCGUUGGGCAGCUGUCUUACAUCGCUACCAUGAUACAUCCAUUGACUUGUCUGAAAGACCAGUUCUGUACUCUGGAAUUAGUGAUUCAGCCUGGAGGAAUUUCAGACUUCCCCAUCAGAUGAUGUCCCCAGCAAACAAUACCGGGCCUUCAUCUGGCUCACAGAUGGAUUUCUUAGCUGAGCUUCGUCGUGCAAUUCGAAAUGCCAAUACCAACAACUAACUAAUGACAUAGUGUGAUAAUGGCAGAUGUGGACUUAUGAACUUCAUGAACUUUGCACUCAAAGUACCUGUUGUAUGUGUUCAUUAGUUACUCAAAUCAAAUGCUACUUAUUUGGGCGAUCGUGUUAUUCAGUGUAAAGCAUGGUCCAGGCAUUUGUUUAUGUCCUGGUCCUUGGACAUGUAAUUUAAGAUGAAAACGUUAUGAAAUCUGUCAGCUAUACAAUGUUAUAUUAUUACUCUGGAACUCUAAGGUGGUGUUUUUAUUCUCUUUCCUUUUAUGAGACAGUAGUAGGGGAGGGGUAUUUUGUUGCCGGACCUGUAUGGAUUUUGAUGAAUGCGAAUCUCUCUCUAGUAAA